AAAUAUUAAUCCCUCCGCAUUGACAUACAUUUUGCUGUAUUAGCGGCUUGGAGGAUGGGAUGAUUUGCAAAUUAAGGCUUGGUGCUUUGACAGAUCGGCUCUAUAUUGACAUGAAUUAUGGGAGAGGGAGUAAACACCCAACAACCAAACAGCUCAUUCAUACCACUGAUAGAUGGAGCCUCAGCCUCAAGGGAAGGAACAUGUGGAUCUCUGAAACGAAAUUUGGUUUCAAGGAAAAUAGUGCUAUGCUUUGGAACUCAUGGGAGUGACGACAGCUUCAAUGCAGCUUUUGAUGUGUACCUAGCAGGAGGGGCCGCAUUAAUUUUCUCAGAAGUGCCCACCAAAGUGGUGCCAGAGCUCUCUUUUAUACCUGUGGUGUACGUAGAUAUGAAGCAAGGGGCAAAGAUCCUUUCAUAUUACAAGUCAUCUGAGUCUCCUGUUGUUCGAAUGAGUCCAAGUAGAAGUGUUGCGGGACUUGAACCUGCGCCUGUUGUAGUCUACUUCUCCUCAAGGGGACCUAGCACACUAUCUCCGGACAUUUUGAAGCCUGAUAUAACAGCUCCAGGUGUGAACAUUCUGGCAGCAUGGCCUCCAGUGAUUCCACCUUCAGAAAUAGGAUUGGACAAACGCUCUGUGGACUACAAUUUCUUAUCAGGAACAUCCAUGUCAUGCCCUCAUGUCUCUGGAAUUGUUGCUCUUCUCAAGUCAAUUCAUCCACAAUGGAGUCAUGCAGCCAUCAGAUCUGCCAUCAUGACAACUGCAUAUGUCCGAGAUACAUCUUUUGACUUGAUUAAAGCUGGAGGAUCUGGAAAACCAGCAGACCCAUUUGAUUUUGGUGCAGGGCAUGUAAAUCCCAGACAAGCUAUGAAUCCUGGACUGGUAUAUGAUGCAGGUCCAACAGAUUAUAUAAUGUUUCUCUGUAGUCUUGGCUACACCCAAAAACAGAUCAGAACCAUUGUUUCUUCAUCUAAAUUAAAUACCACCUGUCCUGAAAAAAGUUCUGCCAGUGGUCUAAACAAUCCUUCUAUUACUGUGUCGAAUCUGGAAUCCACUCCCACAAUCAAGAGGACAGUAACCAACGUUAGCCCAGAUGAUAAUUGUGUAUAUAUAGCAAUAGUCUCAUGCCCACCUGGUGUGGAAGUGAUUGUGAAGCCUAAUAUUCUGGUUUUCACGCCUUAUGUAAGAAGUGCCUCUUUUUCAGUAACCCUAAAACCUGUGAAGCACUCUGAUGGGGUCUAUAAUUUUGGAACACUCAUCUGGGCUAGUCCUGAUCAUCGUGUGCAAAGCCCCAUUAUUGUUCGCGUCAACAACUUAAAUGACAAGUUUAGGGAAGCUAAGUAAUCUACUCGAUAUGAGCAGCAAACUUCUUAUCUCGAAUCUAAAGACUAUGAUGGUGCCAGUCCAGUAUGAUUGAUUUUCUCCAUCCUCUUCAGACCACAAGGCGCUUUCAUACUUAUAAUCCUAGAGUAUUAGAGGGCAACAUCUACUCUAUAAAAAACAUCUUUCUCACCAUUAUUCUACCUAGCUUAUUAUUGGACAAAAUCUACUCUAUAAACUUUGGUCGCAUUAAGGGAAAAUCUUUUGAAGUUGUAAUUCUUUCACAGUUGUGGUUGUUUGGAUUCAUGAAAUACAAUUAGACGA